AACAUGCAGACUCACAUGAAAGCAGUCGUUACUCAAGGCGCUCACAAGGCUGGCUUGGUGACAGACAGACCAAUCCCUAAACUGCGUGAUGAUUACAUGCUGGUCAAAGUCGUCACGGUUGCCCUCAACCCUACCGACUGGAAACACAUCGACUUCCUACCUAGUGAAGGGUGUAUCGUUGGCUGCGACUUUGCCGGCACUGUGGAAAAGGUUGGUCCCAACGUGACAAAAUUCACCAAGGGCGAUAGGGUACUGGGUCUCGUCCACGGCUGCAACGCGAUCGAGCCCGAGGACGGCGCGUUUGGCGAGUAUAUCGUGGCAAAAGGCGACGGGCAGAUCAAGAUCCCCGAGGGCAUGAGCUGGGAGGACGCCUGCACCGUGGGUGUCGGAUUCACCACCAUCGGCCAGAGUCUGUAUCAGAAUCUGCGACUCCCAUUCCCCGGCCAGCCGCGGAGUGCGAACACCCCCGGGACGAUCUUGAUCUAUGGUGGAUCAACCGCGACCGGCACGUUGGCGAUCCAGUGCGCCAAGUUAUCCGGGAUGGAGAUCAUCACGACAUGCUCAGCGAACAACUUCGACACGGUCAAGGCCCUCGGUGCGGAUGUGGUGUUUGACUACAACAAGCCCGAUGCGGCGGCGGAGAUCCGCAAGUUCACCAACGACAACUUGAAGCUGUGCUUCGACACGGUGUCGAUGGCUGCUACUGCGAAAUUCUGCGCCGAGGCUUUGACCAGCAAGACCGGCGGGCAGUAUCACGCGCUGCAGGAGCAAAAGUGUCCCCGGCGCAACGUUAAAUCGACCGUCUCGAUGGCGUACACCAGCGUGGGCGAGGCCUACCUGUGGGGGCCGCAGAAGAUGCCAGCGAGACCCAAUGACUUUAGGCAUCAUGUGGUGUGGCGGGCGAUUUUCCACGACCUGCUGCACGAGGGAAAGAUCAAGACACAUGCGGUGUCAAAGCAGCCGUAUGGGCUGAAGGGGGUGUUGAAUGGACUGGAAAUGCUGCGGGAGAACAAAGUACGGGGCCAGAAGUUGGUGUAUAGGGUGGAGGAGACACCGCAUCAGUUUUAGUCAACACUAGAGAUUCAUUUGUUACAAGAUCUGUAUGAAUCCAGUCAAGCUGCUUAUAUCGAUAUUAUUCAUUGUUGAGCAGAGAAAUGUUAAGUGAUCGUCC